UUCCUAACCAUAACCCAACAUUAAGUAGACCAAUCAUCUCUUAAUAAUUAUCCGACAGGAUGGCCGCCGCCUUCCGGAGCCACCUCGCCGCCUCGAGGCCCGACCUCCUGAUGAUCGGCUGCCUCCUGUCCCUCAUUCUCUCCUCCUCCUCAACACUCGGCAUCAGGCUCAGCCUGGUCCGUACUCGCCCCACCCCCGAAAACCAUGACACCCUCCUCGCCUUCCGUGAGGCCCCCGCCUUCCGCAACAGCGACGAGUACUGCCACCUCCCCGCCUCCUCCUCCGCCGCCUCCGCCAUCCACGUCACCAUGACCCUCGACGCCAACUACCUCCGCGGCACGAUGGCCGCCGUGCUGUCCAUCCUGCAGCACUCCACGUGUCCCGAGAACCUCUCCUUCCACUUCCUCUCCGCCGCCGCCGCCGACGAGCGCCACCUCCGGUCGAGCAUCAACUCCACCUUCCCUUACCUCAAUUUCGCCAUCUACCGCUUCAACGCCGCCAGAAUCCGGUCCAAGAUCUCGAAAUCCAUACGGCAAGCCCUGGACCAACCCCUCAACUACGCGAGGAUCCACCUCGCGGAGAUCCUCCCAAACGGCGUGAAAAGAGUCAUUUAUCUCGACUCCGACCUCGUCGUCGUCGACGACGUCGCGAAGCUCUGGAACGUGGACAUGGAAGGGGAGGUCGUGGCGGCGCCGGAAUAUUGCCAUGCAAACUUCUCGCAGUACUUCACAGAGGCUUUCUGGAAUGAUCCUGAAUUGUCGAAGACGUUUGAAGGAAGAAAGGCGUGUUAUUUCAACACGGGGGUUAUGGUGGUUGAUGUGGAGGAAUGGAGGAGAGGGAAGUACACGGAGAAGGUUGAGGAAUGGAUGGACAUGCAGAAGAGGAAGAGGAUUUAUCAUCUGGGGUCGUUGCCACCGUUUUUGCUGGUUUUCGCUGGGAAGAUCAGGGCCGUUGAUCAUAGGUGGAAUCAGCAUGGAUUGGGUGGGGACAAUUUUGAAGGGAAGUGUAGGAGUUUGCAUCCCGGGCCGGUGAGUUUGCUUCAUUGGAGUGGGAAAGGGAAGCCAUGGUUGAGGUUGGAUUCUAGGAGGCCCUGCACCGUUGAUCAUCUCUGGGCCCCAUAUGAUCUCUACCGUUCGUCGAGGCAUUCGUUGGAGGAGUGAGCUGUAUGAUGAGGAAAUGGAGAAUUCUGUGUUGGGGUAUAGGGGAAAUUGCC